AUGCUGAAUGCUGCUUAGGAAUUAUAGAGAUACUUCGUAGCAAGGAAGAAAGUAUUAUUUGUUGGUGAUUUUCAAGUUUGAACAGGAGAAUGAUGCAGUCGCAUAUGCAGCAUGCCAAAGUAUUAAACUCACCUUCUUUCUCCUUCUUCAGUCGUCAAUGGAUAAAACCCGCCAUUGUUGCACUUGGAGUUCGAGCUUUCUCCGCUGCUUCCAACGAUUACUCCAAUCAGUCUCGCGGUGGUGUCCCUCGUUUCUUCUCCCAAACCCUUCCUUCUUCCAAGGGUGGUGUAAUUCGUGUACAAGGAGAUGAAUUUUGGCACAUGACAAAAGUUCUCAGGUUGAGUGUAAAAGAUAGGAUAGAACUCUUCAACGGUAAAGGUGGUUUGGUAGAGGGUUUGAUAGAGAGGGUUGAUCGCACCGGACUUGAUUUUGUGGCAAUCAAGGAUACAAUAGUAGUACAUCCUCAUGAACCACAAUGGGACGUAUUUGCAGCUUUUGGUACCCUAAAGGGUGGUAGGGCUGACUGGCUUGUUGAGAAGUGCACAGAGCUGGGAGCCAGUAGCGUAACCCCACUUUUGACAGCACGUUCUCCUUCAAUAUCAGAUAAUAGGGUUGACAGGUUGCAAAGGGUGAUCUUAGCUGCGGCUAAACAAUGUCAACGGUUGCAUGAAAUGAUUCUAAAUCCUCCAAUGGAAGUCGGCAGCAUCUUACCUCUUGUUGCACAGUCAAAAUUAUCCUUUGUUGCUGCAGCAGAAGCUACUCCUGUGAUUAAUACAUUAACAUCAUUGGCCAAAGAAUCUAGAGGCUCGAUUAUAAUUGGACCAGAAGGGGACUUCACUGAGGAAGAGUUGAAAAUAAUCACAGAAGCUGGUGUUACUGCAGUAGGGCUUGGGCCACAUCGCCUGCGGGUUGAAACUGCUACAAUAGCACUCCUGGCUACACUGAUGAUGUGGUCUGAUUCUCAGUAGUCAUGACGGAGUUUAUAACCUUGGCUGGUCAUGUUAGCUAGCCAGCAACGACAGCUUGGCCUUGAAGUAGCUAGUGGAUAUAUGUGACUUUGUCUGAGCUAAUUCUGGGUCAGACCCGUCAAGAUAAUCAGGCUGGAUGGCUCAAAUUAAGUGUAGCAUUUGAGUAUUGCAUAACUGUAGCCUACCUUUAAAGUUAAGAAUUCCGAGUUGCGUAGCUCAAAUUAUUGGGUUACGUUGUUUUUGUUGGAUCAAGGCCUUGUUCUUUCGGACUUAUUUUCAGUUCUGUUCAUUUUAUUUCAGUUAAUGGGGCCUAACUUUUUCCAUAAAAAUGAUUUAUGGUCAGACUCAGAGCAUAAUUCUCCUUUCUGUCACUUGAUAUAUUUCCUGUUAUUGUCUCAUGAAGUACUAAUUUGGCUUCAUGGUAAAAAUGAGCUGAUAUUAA